AUGAAGACCAAAGUGCACCACCAAAACAAUUUCACGCGGAUCAUUACUCUACCCGUUAGGGUUUUCAACAAAGUCGUGGAUUUCUACGUGAAAAGCAUAACAAAUUGUGGUUCAAGAGUCAGUUAUGGCAGUGUCAUGGGAGUCCCUGGUGGACAUAUGUACACCUUGCCGAGAAGCUUCAGUGUCAGCUCUUCGCUGUCCAACGAUAGUGAGGAUUUCAGAGAGCUCAUUAGGGUUGCCUCCGUUAAGAGUUUGGGCAAUAGGGUUAACAUGGAUUUGUAUAUGCAGCAAGAACAGAAGAGUCAGUCUCAGACAACCUUGAUAGGAUCAAGAGGGAUGCCUAGAAGUUGUAGUGUUGGAAUGGGUAGGAUUGAUGAAGACAAGCCUUGUGUUUUUGGAGAAGACAACUUUAAUCUCAAUACAGAAUUGAUGUUCCCAAGGAGCAGAAGCUAUGCCGUUGCAAGGAGAAAUGUGGCCUUUUGA